AUGUCAAAUGAAAUCAAAACUAAAAUAUUUUAACAAAAAAUUGUACAAAAUAUGUUAAAAAUGUGAAUAUUCAAGUCCAUAAAUUCAAAAGUGAAAAAUAAGUGAACAGAUUUAUUAAAUGCACAAUGAGUUUGCUCAAGUUUGCCAGUCUAAAUAGUCGCUCAAACUUAUAAGGGUUGUGCAAAUCAAUUUUCAUACAAUUCAAUUGCGAGGAUGGAUUUAUAAAGUAAAUACGGUAGCAUAUAAAAUAAUAAAUCGCUUAACGUCAGAAGUUUAAUAUGGUUACGAAAAGAGAGGACGGUUAUACCUUUUCUACUAUGUUUAUAUUUUAUUAAGUUAUUUGAAUAAAAAUAUGUAUUCAUUAUUCGUUCGAAUAAUUUUUAAAAUUUAGUCGACUACUCGAAUAAAAAAAAUAUAUUCAACAAUAAACAUUAAUAUACAAUGAACAGCGAAGGAACCAAGGUGAAUUUGACAGCUUUAACGUGGGCUCAUGCAGUUAAUAGUCAGCAGCAAUUAACAGAUGCUUUAAAUAGUGAUAUUGACUUUAUAGAAGCUGACGUUGUGAUGGGUAAAAUUUGCAACAAUGGGGCAGACCUACCUAUAAUGGCUCAUCCUCCAGCAAAAACUUCAAAUUUAUCGUUGGAUUCAUUUCUUUUGCAAGUAAAAAAUCACAAUGACAAUAAUAUCAAAAAUAUGAAGGGUGUUAAACUGGAUUUUAAAUCUAUAGCAGUUUUUCAAGGAGCUUUGCCAACUUUGAAAGAAAAAAUACCUGAGAUGACCUAUCCUAUUUGGCUUAAUGCCGAUAUUGUUAAAGGCCCUGUUAAUCAAACUAUGAUCACACCUGUAAAUCCAGAACAAUUUUUUGCGGGUUGUGCUCAAUUUAAAAAGGCUGUUUUAUCAAUUGGCUGGACAACUAAAUGGACAUCAACUUUCAACAAUGGCUCCUACUCACGUGAAGAGAUUAAUGAAAUGCUAAAGGCUAUAAAAAGUAGUAUCGUUACUAAGACAGGACAACAUAUAACAUUUCCUGUACGUGCUGGCAUAGCAGCAAAUAGUUUGAUUGAAUUGCAUGAUUUGGUAAAUUCUGUAAAUGACACUAAUGAAUGUACGUUAACUAUAUGGUCGUCAGAAAAUGAUUUUGUAAAUAUUGACAAAUUGAGAAAAUUUAUAUUUUCCUUUGGUUUUGAUCGUGUUUAUUUGGAUGUGCCUAUAGAGUUAUCCAUCAAGCUAGAUUUGUCACGUCCUGACAAUUUAAAUGAUGAUAGAUUUUGCAAAACUAGUUUUUAAGCUUAAUGUCAAAUAUUAAACAUAAUUUGUGGCUUCCACACUUGCUAAAAUUUUAAAUUAAAAUGUUUUUAGAAUAAAAAAUAUUUAUACCAAGCCAAAUUAAUAAGCCACAAAGUACGAAAUCAUGUGCAAUUUUUGAAGAAAAGGAGUAGAAAAUUUAAUAACAAAAGUUUAGAAAAUUUUAUAAAAAACUAGCUAGUACCCGGUGUGCUUCGUUAUAGCAACUAAAAUAAAUACAUAAUA